AUGUCACGUUCACUAAAAAAAGAAUUAUUUGUUAAUGAAAAAUUAAGAAAAAAAAUUGAAAUCCGUCUGAAAAAAAUUGCCGAAUUAGAAAAGCAAGGCGGCCAACGCAACGAGAUUGAUAAAAUCCGAAACACUCCUAUUAGAGUUUGGUGCCGGAGUUCCACCAUUUUUCCCGAAAUGACCGGUUUUACGAUUGAGAUUUACAACGGCAAGAAAUUUUUUAGUCGACAAAUUGUUCCUAACAUGUCAGGACACAAACUUGGUGUUUUUGCUCCCACUCGGCAAUCCGGUCAACACGGAAAAGCUGCCCUAAAAAAAGAUAAGGAAGAAAAAUAUCAAAAAGUUUUGGAAAAAGAAUUAAAAAUAGUUGAGAAACUUAACUAUGUUGAUUACCUUUUGACAUUCAGCGAUGCGGUAAACUAUUUAAGAAACAAAAAUAUAGUGGUAGGACCGGGGCGAGGAAGUGCAGUUUCUUCUUUGGUAGUUUAUUUGCUAGGAAUAACUAGUAUUGACCCCUUACAGCACAAGUUAUUUUUUGAAAGAUUUUUAAACGAGAAAAGGAAAGUUUCUCCUGAUAUCGAUUUAGACGUUGAAAACCAGAAUGAAAUAUUCAAUUAUUUACAGCAAAAAUACCCCAAAAAACAAGUGGCUCGUAUCAUUACCAAAGAAAAAAUUGGUUGGAAAAACGCUUUCAAGGAAGCCGGGAAAGUUUGCAAAAUAGGAGAAUUUAAAUUAAAAGAAAUCAUUUCAGUAGUAGGAAAAAAUUCUAAUUUAAGCAACAAUUUAAAAUUGCAAAAUUUGCAACUUCGCCAUCCUGUUCUUUUUGCCCUAACUGAAAAAAUCAGCAAUUUAUAUUAUAAUAGCGGUAUCCAUCCGGCGGGAGUAAUUAUUGCCGAAAAUUCUUUGGUUGGUUUAGUUCCUUUAAAAUUAGAAAACAAUUAUUUACUAACCCUUUUUGAGGCAGAAAAACUUAACCAUUUAGGAUUAAGAAAAUACGAUUUUUUAAGUCUGAAAGAGACAUUUAGUUUUAUUAAUUUCAGUUUUAUUCGUGAAGUUAAAGAAUUUUUAAAAUUUAACCUACCUAACUAUCAAGACCUUGAUUUUCAAGACAAAAAAACUUGGGAACUUUUUAAUAAUUUUCUCCUUACCGAUGUCUUUCAAUUAGAUACCCCCUCUGCCCGGGAAUUACUGAUAAGGUUUCAACCUCAAACUUUUUCCGAUUUAAUUAUUUUUUUAGGUUUGAAUCGUCCCGGAGCAAGAAAAAGAGCCCAAGAAAUAUCCCAAGUCAAGGCUACCAAAAAAACACUGGAUUUCACUUCUCCAACCAUCAAAGAAAUAUUAGCGGAAACUUACGGAUUUAUUAUCUUCGAAGAACAGAUAAGUCAAAUUUUGGCAUUUGUUUAUGAUUAUUCAUUUUCCGAAGCCGAAUUAAAAAGAAGAGAACUAACCGAAAAGGGAAUAACCAAGGAUUUCCUUGACCAAGCCAAAAAAAAAUUAACUUUUUCCGAAAGCAAUUCCCUUUAUCGUCAAAUUAAUUCGGCUUUCGGUUAUACCUUUAAUAAAGCUCACGCCGUAGCCUAUGGUUAUUUAACUUAUUAUGUGGCUUAUUUAAAAGCAAAUUUCUUCCCAGAAAUUAUUACUCACCUCUUAAACGAAAAAAAAGAAAAGAAUUUACUACGCUUACGGGAAGCAUUUUUUUAUGGUUUUCUACCCCAAGGACCCGAUAUUAAUUAUUCAGAAAUAGGUCUACUUGAAGAAAGGCAAAAAGGAGGAGCUUAUAAAAAUUGGGAAAAUUUUCUUAGUCGGACAGUUAACUAUUGGGAAAAAAUAGAAAGUUCCGUUUUUGAAUCGUGGGUAAAGAGUGGUUUAUUUGCUAGUAUGCAAGUGGAUACCGAUAGUCUGUUAGAAAAUCGCGAAGCGAUUUUUCGCUAUUUGCGAAUAAGACAAAAAAUUCUCAGCACAAGUAGUAAUUUACCUUUUCUUGAUUUACCGACUGCUAACCAAACCAAAAGAGACAAAGCGUUAAUUAAUCAGGGAGAACAUCAAAAACUAAGUUUAAAGUCCGAGUUCAAAAUUCAUUCUUUAAUGGAUAUCUUUACAAAAAUCGAGGAAUAUAAUAACCAAGAAACAGUAAUAAAUGUUUAUGCUAUCAUUAGCCAAAUAGAAAAAAAAGAAGAAGUUAGUACUCGUAAUGCUAGUUCCGAAAAUAAUUAUAUCCUUUUAUUACAAGACAUUAGAAAUUCCUUUAAAUUAAACAUUAACCCUGAGGUUUACCAGACUAAUAAAGAAAUAUUAAUAAACCAUAAUGAGUUGUUGUUUACCUUAAAAAUUGAAGUAAAAAAACCAUCAGCCGGAACCGGAAACUUCUUGGAAGCCAUUCGCGAAAUCAGCAAAACCAAUUCCUUUAUCAGCAAAAAAAUACUAGCCUUUGAUAUUGAGCCAAAAUCAGACCAGGAAAACAUUAUUAAGACCAAUUUUCUAACCCUUGACUGA